GCCGUCACGCGAAGCUCCAAUGAUGGGGCCAGUGAGGUUAAGGGAAGGCUGGCUGCAAGUGUGUUCCGCGUGCUGCGCGUUCCAGUUUUUGUGUUUUAAGUAUUAUAAAGUGAUCCUUGAGCAGUGCAAUGGCUCCCUACCUUGAGCUUGAGCACAUAUGUCACGCACAGCAAGGUUUCCUUCGACCUCUGGUGGAAGGAAGGCUUGCUGUGGAGAAUAUUGUGACCAUUGGUGUGAAAAGCCGGAGGGGAAAUGAAGUUGAAAUAGAGGCGAUCGUCGUUCGAAGUACAAACAUUAACAAGGACCCGGUCACUGUUAAUGUUUGUAUAAUGUACAAAGAAGCCGUCGUCGAGAAGAGGAUAAAAGAUAUAAGCUGCACUUGCCCAGCAGGCGCGUGCAAAAAGCACUGCUGCAAGCAUGCAAUGGCAGUGAUCAUCCACUUGGAAAGGAAGGAUGAGUCGGAGAUAGAGGUCCUCACGUGCACAGACACAAAACAAGUUUGGGACAAACUGAAGGAGUCCACUAUGAGCAAAUUCGACCCAGUCCCUGUCUCGGAAUUUUGUUGCUUCCCCAAAACCACACCUGUGUACCGGCGGCGUGUCAAUAAGGUCACCCCGGAUUUAUUGGCAAGAGUGAAGGAAGUGUCUCUUAAGGCUCACCCUCAGUCAGAGGCAGCAAUAUUUUGGAUUGGAGUGAGAGAACCCAAGGCUGUUGAACCACAGGUGAUGGCUUGCCCCAGUCCAAGACUUACUACAUUUUUUCAAGAUGCUGUUAGUGAGCCCUACUACUUAGUCAACAAGGCUCAUCAGCUUAGCCAGGAGCUUCUGGCUAAGUGCAGCCCUGCUGAGAGAGAGUAUUAUGCUCAAAAUAUUGUGCUGUCUACGGAUGAGGCCCUGCAAAUAUUCUUGGGCACCACAGAGCAGGAUAACAGUACUUGGGAUGGGGCUAGAUUUGGAAGGAUAACCGGUAGUAUUUCGUAUGAAUUAUUUACAUAUUAUCUUAAUAAGACACCUGAUUGGGAAAAUAAAUUAACUGGGGUUUUUGAAAAUAGGUACAAGAAUGAUGCCAUGGCUGCAGGUAAUUUGUAUGAAUCAUAUGCUUUGAAAAAGUAUGUUCUAGAGGAAAGUAAAAAGCAGGCAGGGUUGGAGUCAGUUAAAGUAGGUAUUCUAAUCAAUCCAUUACUUCCUUGGCUGGGUUUCAGUGCUGAUGCUGUGAUAUGUAUAAAUAAUGUUGUCAGUAAACUGUGGGAAAAUAAGACACCUGUAGCAGGAAGGCGAGUAAAUGCAUCAGGUAUCUGUAAACAUUUGGCUUACAUGAACAAGGAAGGGAAGUUGAAGCAUAAAUGUCCACAUUAUGGGCAAGUUCAACUAGGUAUGGUUUUGUUGAAUCUGCAAGUAUGUGAUUUUACUGUUUAUUGUACUGGUCCAGUUUUACCACUAAAGCCUAAGCCUAAUCCUCUAAUUGAAUCUGUUCAUGUAGAGACUGUAGUAAUAAAUCAUACAUUUUGUGACAAAUAUUUAAAAAGGCUUUGUCAUGUGUAUUUUGAAAAAAUCCUGCCAUGGCUUACAGAAAUAUCUGAAGAAGGUGAUCAUUAAAUAAGAUUGCUCAUCAUAAUUUCCUGUUUAUUU